ACAGCCUCUAUAAUAAUUAUGGCUUUGAAGAGCUCUGAAAACUAUAUAUUUGAGCCACGAAAUUAUUGAGGUAACGCCGUUAUAGAAGCGAAUGAAAACCGCAAGGAGUCGCCAUCUUGGAUGACAACAGAGUAUAAGCUACACAGAAAGCCUGCAGGGAGAAAAAGCAUUAAUGAUCACGGAUAACAUGACUGAGAGGCACAUCGGAAAACACGACAGAUCACGGAAACAAGGCCAGUUUAGGCUGCUAGUAUACUCGGGAAAACAGUAGAAGCGGCACGACUUCUUCUUUUGAAAAGAAAAAGCUAAAACGGCUUAGACAARGAUUGCUUUAGUAGACAUGGAGUGGGGGCCUGAGAGUGACAGAAGAGGCAAACGAGCCUGGAACUGGUUCUUGUAUUGAGAAGUCGGAAUAAUUGUAAGUCGCUGCAGAGAAAGUCGGCAWAGAGUAUUUCAGCGACUUGUUCGCGUAAAAGCUAUGAAACUGGCCGGCGCCUCUUGGAGCUAUAGCGAGAAUGGCUUUGGGCCAAAACGCUGGAGCAAGCGAUAUGUUGGUUUUGAAGGAGAUCGGCAGUCCCCUAUCAACAUUGUUAAAGAAGAUGUGUUAAAAGACUCGAGUUUGGGUCCAUUAUUGAUGUCUUACGGUCCUUCUACAAACUGUACUAUCACAAAUGAUGGAAGAACGCUGCAGAUUGCGAUGUGCAAUUCUGGUCAUAAAAAUGUUUUGUGUGGUGGUCCAUUGGCUCRCACCUAUCAGCUAGCAAUGAUAAGGUUUCAUUGGUCUACGGACGAUUCUACUGGUUCUGAACAUCAAAUAGAUGGAAAUACUUAUCCAUUAGAGAUGCAGUUCCUUCAUUGGAACAGAGAGUUGUACAAGAACAUCGGUCAGGCGUUGACCGGCGAGAAUGGACUGUGUAUAGUAGCCGUCUUCUUUCAGGUCGGCGAUGAAGAACACGAAGCUCUGAWAGAAAUAUCGCGAUUAUUGUCACGUGACGACCACAAGGGAUGUUUUUCAUCUGUAAUGAAGACGCCAAUMAAUCCUGCAGAUUUUAUACCAGGUAAUGAUGGGUACUGGACAUACCCAGGCUCCAUGACAACACCUCCACUGACGGAAAACGUUACCUGGAUAGUCUACCAGACUCCAAUGGCUUUUUCUCAAAAACAGAUGGAAGUAUUUCGUGGAAUACGAACAACAAAUGGCGACCUGAUGGUUUGCAAUUCACGUCCAUUGUGCCCAACCAAUGACCGAGAAGUCAGRGAGCCCGCAAACCAAGAAAACGACGAGGGUGCUGACGUCAAUGGCAUUCAUGAAACUAACGUCAACAACGAUGAAMCACAAGAUAAUUAGACAUUAUUUUUUUUAAUUUAGCCAUGUUUUAAAUUUCAUUAUCAUGUUGCAAUUGAAACUAUUUCUUAAAAUCCUUUUCAUGAAGAAAUUUAUUUAAGCAGAACCCACCAUCGUCAGUUCUUUGGUGUUUUCAUCAAAGUCAGGGAACUUUGGCCAUUUUUGCAUGCUUUCACUCCCCUUGUAGCCGCACAAACCUUGAACCAAAGCCGGAUACUUGUUGAAUUUAAAGUUUAGUAGCGGUUGCUUGCUUGAAAAAAUGCUUAGAUUUUUAUCGUUUGUUGUUGUUUUUCCUGCUGCUGUUCAGUYUACAAUGACAACACUACAGGUUCAAAUUUUGCCGAUUUUUUGCGCGCAAACCAUUUAAAGCUCAUGUUAUAGAGUAAAAUAAUAAGAACAUCUGGGAUAUUAAGUGCAUCUUUGUCUUCUGCUAUCUUUCACUGGGGUGACCACAUGAAAUGACUAUCUAGUUUAACGUAUAUAGAAUWAAGGUCGAGUGUACAAAGAUAACCAAGUCUCAGUGCGUUCAUURAAUCCGUGAMACACUUUGUAAGAAGUUGCACAAAAUUGCACUAAUUACACAAUAGAAGACAAAGAAUYWUGCACAAAAUUUUGUUAGCAAAGUAUUUCACGGAUAUUAGUGAAUUCACUCUACCAAGUGUACAUAUAAUGAUCGAGAAUACUGUAAGAUGGUAUUGAUUCAAAUAAAAUAGACAAAUUACGAAGACA